UUAAUUCUAUUUUUAGUGCAUAAACACAAAAACUGUAAACUGUAAAUAAACUCUGCUAUCUGCCAAUAGAUGGCGACGUGUGUUAUAUAAUUUCAAUUAUAUAUUCAUUAAAAUAAAUUACUGAACAAUAUUAUGAAUAAAAAUUUUCUAAAAACUAUUCAAAAUAACUAAUUUAAUACAAUAACCAUAUAAAUUUUAAUAAAAAAACUGUUUUUUGACAAUCCCUAGUGAAAAAGUAAAAUUUUAUUAAAAAGGAAUAAUUAACUUUGAUAUUAUCGAAUUUUAUCGAAUUAUUUAAAAAUAUUCAAUAUUCACUUUAAAAAUUCAAUCAAUUUCCCUGUAUAUCAUUACCGACAAACAUAUUUAUAAUUAAUGAUUGAAUAACAAAUUAUAUAAUUACUUUAAAAACUCUAAGUAGAUUGUGAAUAAAUUGUUUAGUUUUCGACUAACUUUCACUUUAACCUGGUAUAAAUUUAAUUUUGUCCUAUCGGCAAAAACCUCAAGCAUUGUUUAUUUUAAAUACAUACCGAAUCCCCCUUCCUUUCACCGAUCGUUUUUAUACAAAAUAUUACAGAAUAAGUUUAACGUAAAUAUUUACCAACCUCCAACGUCUCCAGUUGGCAGCACUACUAAUACAACUUCCAGCACAGUUUCACUUUCGAGAAGUGCACCGUCCACAACAAAAUUUUUAACCUACUCGUUACCUCGUCAAUUUCUUUGUGAUACAUAUGAUACGAUACACGGAAAAAGCACCACACGUUUUCUAGUUCUCUAAAUACGCAACCGUUCCUUACAGUCAGUCAGUACGUUUUAAUACAUCGAUAAUAUUUGAAUAAUAUCGAUUAUUUAUUUCGUCGUAGUAUUCGGAAUCGUAUAAAGAUGAAAUUCAGAAGAACCAAAACUAAGGUUACACCUCCUCUCCCGAAAACUUAAAGCGCCAGCUUGGACGAACCAACGGCGGAAUAUUACGAUCGUUUACGAGUGUAGUUCUGUAUCGUGACGUCAUAUAAUUAGAGUAAAUACAAAGUAGAUGGCCGUGUCAGCGUGGUGUUUGUGAAUAGCUCUGUGAUUAAUUCUUAUAAAAAUAUGGGUAAUAGUGAUAAUAUACAGUUCGUCGGGGGACCUUGCGGUCAACACGGACCGUAUACAUUUUACAAAGCGUUCAAAUAUGUUAAAAACGGUAUAUGCCGAAUAGUGACAUUGAGUGAAUUUUUUUUUGUGAAAAUGUGGAGAGACAGUGACUUAUUGUGUAUAGGAGAAUUGCAAUUAUUAUGGUUAGAUAAAAAUAGUGAACAAGUAUUGGCUAGUUUGAGGUUAUAUUUCCUACCGGAAAAUACGCCGGAAGGACGUCUGGACCAUGGAGAGGACGAAGUUCUAGCGAUUACGGAAAAAGUAGUGAUAAGAGUAGAAGAUUUGAUAACGUUGAUAACGGUAGAAGCCGAAUGGACGUGGGGACGUUUGGCAAAAUCCGAACAAGACAUAAAACAAUCGGAUGAUAAUAGCGACGAGGAAAACGUUCCUCCAAGAAAACCGGCGGGAUUGAGUUUCACAAUAAACGACAGUUUGUUAGAUUAUGCAGACGUGGAAAACGAAAGAAAACAUUUGGAGAGCGAUGAAACGCUCAAAGAUCCCCACGUCGUCAUACUCAGUUUCCCCAAAUAUUGUCGAUACCGGGCCAUGAUGAAACGUCUCGAAGGCGUCGAAGACGUUUACCUAAGACAAAAAUUAGUAAACGCCUUGGGCGGUUUCUACGUCGUACACCCCAACACCAGGGUACUAUUUUGUAGAGACACUUUCGAUUAUCCCGAAUUAGAAGGACACGAACUACUCUGUAAUCACCUGGCCCCGAAACUCAAGGGGCGACCUCGCGGCAGACGGAAAAAACGUAGCGUCUCCCCGGGUUCGGAAAGCAACGAAUCCGAAUCAUCUGUUAGUACUAAUACCAAGACUUUUCCUCUUCCGCAGGCUGAAACUAAAUUAAACGUCCACGAGGCUCCGGACACGGUUCCGAGACGCAGCACCAGGUGUCACGAGAAUAACGAAAACAAGGAAUUCGUGAGGAAACUCGGCGCCUUUAUGAAAUCGAAUCGCACGCCCAUCGGGAGGAUACCUUCGUUGGGCUACAAAGAACUGAAUCUGCACGAGUUCUUUAUAAGGGUGCAAAAAUUGGGUGGAUACGAUUGCGUGACGACCAAUCGGUUGUGGAAAUCGAUAUUCGACGAAAUGAGCGGUCACCAGAACAGCACCAGCGCCGCCACCAUCAUAAGGAGACAUUACGAAAGGUUUUUGUUGCCCUACGAGCGACAUAAAAAGGGCGAGGAGUAUAAACCGCUGCCGGUUUCGGAAAGGAGGAGAUUGAAACAUAAAAGGGGAAGCGGCAGUUUGAGCGACGCCGAAUCUAGCAGCGACGGUUCUAUACCUUCGACGUCUAGGAAUAUUGGUCGGUUUCGGAAAGUUUGACGGAUACCAAGGUUGGUACUUUUUUCAAUAAAAUGUCAAUUUUUUCAUAAAAUGUCAAUUUUUUUAAAAUAAAAUGUCAAUUUUUACCGUUAAAAUGUCAAUUUUUUUAAAUAAAAUGUAAAUUUGUAUCUUAAAAUGUCAAUUUUUUUAAAUAAAAUGCCAGUUUUUACCGUUAAAAUGUCAAUUUUUUAAAAUAAAAUGUCAAUUUUUUUUCAUAAAA